AUGACCUGGUUAAAAUCCUAUCUACCAUAUUUUGCCAUAACAUUAGGCAGUUCAUUUCCUUUUGGAUAUCAAUCAGGAGUUAUCAAUGCACCAGCUGAAUUGAUCAAAAAUUUUAUAAAUUCUACUUUCAUUAAUAGAAUGAUGCAAUGUGACAAACAAUGCAUUAAUUUGAUUUGGUCAAUUUGUGUUACAUUUUUCGUUGUUGGUGGAUUUCUUGGUGGUUUUAUUGGUGGUAUUUUCGCGAAUAAAUUUGGUCGAAAAAAAUCACUCCUUCUAUUGUCUAUUCCAACAAUUAUUGGAUCACUUUUAAUGUUAUUUUCCAAGGCAUCCCAGUCCUUUGAAAUGAUCAUCGUUGGUAGAUUUAUAGUUGGAAUUGCGUGUGGUGCUCAUACCGUGGUUGGACCUAUGUAUCUGUCAGAAAUAGCUCCUGUAUCAUUUCGUGGAGCUGCAGGCACAUUAAAUCAACUUGUAGUUGUUUGUGCUAUUCUAUUAUCACAGGUACUUGGUCUGCCUGAAGUAAUGGGAACAGAUGAAUUAUGGCCUUAUCUACUUGCAUUAUGUAUUGUUUCCAGUAUUAUACAUAUUAUGUUAUUAUCAACUUGUCCUGAAAGUCCUACUUAUUUAUAUAUUGUUAAAGGCGAUCGUCGAAAAUCAGAAAAUGCACUUGUUUCUUUAAGAGGUGAUGACUGUGAUAUACAAUGUGAAUUGGAGAUAUUAAAAAGGGAGAUGGAGUGUUCACUAACACGUAGAGCGAAAAUUUCUGAUCUCCUACGUGUUCCAUAUUUAAGAUGGUCGCUAAUUACAGCUCUCAUACCACAUAUUGGUCAACAGUUUUCUGGUAUAAAUGGAAUUCUUUAUUACUGUGUCACUCUGUUUAUGUCGAAUGGUUUAACAGAAAAACAAGCAAGAUAUGCAAAUCUUGGUACUGGGUUUACAAUCCUAAUCGGUGCAUUAUCAUCCAUAUUUAUAAUUGAUCGUAAAGGCAGACGACCAUUACUGAUAUCCAGCAUAUCUGUUUGUCUUGUCAGCUUUUCACUUUUCACCUUAGCACUGAUUAUUAAACAGGCAACAGAAGUUAGUUGGCUUACAAUUGUAUCAAUUGGAUUGACGUAUACUUUUCUAUUCGGAUUUUCAAUAGGCUUAGGUUCUAUUCCAUGGUUUUUGGUAUCUGAAUUGUUCAUUCAAGAAAAUCGAGAUGCUGCUGUAACUAUUUCUGUCGCAACUAAUUGGAUGUGUAAUACUAUAGUAGCCUUAGUAUUUCCACAAUUGAUUACACAUGUUGGUAUAUACGCUUUUAUACCAUUUAUAGUGGUUCUGAUAGCUGUCCUGAUAUUUAUUGUACGCUAUUUACCCGAAACAAAAGGCAGAACUCCAGAUACUAUUCAAGCCUUCUUUAUGCAUGCUUGUAGCAGUCGUAUAAUUGAUGAAGCCUACGAAAAUUCUUCAUUCACUGAUACUACACAAGCUGCAAUACAAGAAGACAGACAGACGCAGAUUAGUUUAAUAACCUAG